CAUUAUUAGGAUAGAAAGGGAAGGGGAGGAGAGGGAGCUGAGUUGAGUUGAGGCUGGGAUUGAAAACCAUUGUCGGCGUGUUAAAAGAAACCAGGCUGAUGCUGUGAGCAGAUAGAAGAUAUUUCUGCAUUUUCUGACACGUACUUGUAGAUGUUGGUAAGGCGAUAGCCAAGUGCGUAAGAUAGCAGAAUUCAGGAUACUGUUGAUGGUUUAAGAGAUGCAGUGGAUUAGCUACUGAAUUACCAGGGAUUAGAGAUGGCUGUGCUUCUUGCUGCAAAGAUUUCGCCCUUUUUUACUUGCCAAUCACCGAGAAAUACCUCACACCCCAACAAUGACUGCGUCUGUAAACUGCAAUUCAAUGUGACAUCUCAAGCUGCUUCUUCAAGUCGUCGCCAUAUUCUAGUAUGCAGCACUUCAUUUUUUGCCAUUCAGAAUCUAAAUUGCAUCUCAAUGCCAUUUCCGGUAAGAGCUGAAGAGGAAUCAAAUGACCAAGAGGAAAAAGAUGGAGUUGUUGGAGCAAUUAAAUCACUGUUUGAUCCUAAUGAGACAACAAAAUCUGGGAAAUUAUUGCCUAAGGCAUACCUCAAGUCAGCGAGAGAGGUUGUAAAGACACUGCGUGAGUCAUUAAAAGAAGACCCCAAGGAUAUUGCUAAAUUUAGACGGACUGCAGAUGCAGCAAAAGAAUCUAUUAGAGAAUAUCUUGGUAGUUGGAGAGGACAAGAAAAGGUGAUGCAUGAGGAAUCUUAUAUGGAACUGGAAAAGGCAAUCAGAAGUCUGGCCAGUUUCUACUCGAAGGCCGGCCCAUCUGCACCCCUUCCUGAAGAGGUAAAGUCUGAGAUAUUGAAUGAUUUAAAUACAGCUGAAGAAUUUUUGUAGCAGAUGAGCAACUGGAGUGGAUGCAUAUUUAGAUCACUUUGAACCAAGCAGAUUUCAGAAUUGCAGAUAAGCUGCAUCAUGAAUGUGCAUUAAAUCUUUAUUCAUAGGGGUUUAAAAAAAAAAGCAGCAGCUCAGAUUGUGUAUCCAGAUCUGCUGUGAGCCUGGGAAAAUAGGAACUUUCUAUAUUUCAGUAAAGAAAUUUAUGCAAUCGAA